UCCAGUUUGUAUAAAUUUGUAUCACAAUUCUAGCUACUGUGAUUUGUGCUAACACUUUGUUAAAAGUCAAAACUUUUAAAUGUUCUGCAGCUAAUCUUCACAUCAAACGUUUUGGGAAAUUUACCAGACAGUUUCCAACCCCAAAGCACCGUAUGAUACUUAAAUGCAUAAACAAUUGGAAGAUGCCCAAUGGGAUACAUUGUCAUCAACAGCCAAGCUCUCUUUUAGAAAAAAAAUCAUAAAUACUGUACUAAUGAAGUGUUGUAAACACCUCCCAGAGUGUUAAAACUAUGACAGACUCAGCCAAAACACUGUCAUGGGACUCUAUCGCAUCACUUCCUUUUUUGCAUUGUGACUGUGCACUGACCACUUUCAAAAUGGGUACUCAAUGGUCAUCGAUACAGAAGAGGUUGAAACUUGUUUUUUGGGGUCCACUCAGCUGUCGUCACCUACAGAUCUCAAUGGCCUUGGCAUUAAGUGUUUUUGUACUUUUGGCUUUCACUGUGUGUGAUGCUGCUAUUUCCUGUCAGAAUGAAGCUGGCGAGCCUGUCGACUGGUUCAUCAUCUACAAGCUGCCAACACACAAAAUUGGUGAAGUGGGUAGUGGGGUGAACUACAUGUACCUGGACCCCUCACUUGAGACCUGGCAACUUAGUAAAUUCAUGAUUAACAGUAGUCAAGGAGCCAUUGGAAACACCCUCAGCCAGCUUUACAGCAAAGCCAUUGUGAACAAGACUAGCAACGCUGCUUAUGCCCUCUACAAUGAUUCACCACCUGUCCUCAAAUACCUCAGAGGAUAUGGACACACCAAAGGAUUACUGCUAUUUGACUUACACCAGGGCUUCUGGCUGUCCCACAGCAUCCCCCAUUUCCCUUCAUUCCCAGAGAUGGGUUACCUCUACCCAUCCUCUGGCAAAGUCAACGGGCAGACAGCUUUGUGUGUGAGCCUCCACUAUGACCAGUUCCUCCAUAUCACACAGCAUCUGGUGUAUCUUUUCCCACGGUUUUACAACUGCUCUGUCCCCUCCGCAUUUGCUACCAAACUGCCUCAGCUGGCCCAGUUAUGUGCUGGCCAUAGGCCAGAAGCGCCUUCUAAUAAGAAAAUGGACCAGCUCGUCUCCCGACAGGGAGAGAUGUUUUUCACUUUUGCCAAAUCUGAACGUUUUGUGGAUGACAUCUACACUGGCUGGGUGGCUCAGGUACUGAAUGCGAACUUGCUGGUCGAGACCUGGCAGAGACAGGGCCAUGACCUGCCUUCCAAUUGCUCCCUGCCCAAUCAUGUCAUGAACAUAAAGAGGAUCCGUCUUCCCGGAUCCGUCCCAUUCCAUUCUAAGUACGAUCACUCUAAGUGGUGCAUAUCGUGGGCUUAUCAGAAGCACUUGACCUGCUUGGGAGACCUGAACAGGGAGGUAUCACAAAUGUGGCGCGGUGGGGGGCUACUGUGCUCCUACAACACUUUGAUUUACAAGGCUUUCAGGCAGGUGGUGGACUGGUACAUUGGAUGCUGAGCUUUGUAUUCUUUUGAUUGUUAUCGAACAGGUGUUACUCAAGAUGCCAUUGAUGGUCUGUUCGAAUUAUGACCUACCGGUUAAUCUCACUUUCCUGCUGUUGAGCUUGCUCUGUGAAUUGAUCGAUUGAUUUUUAAUAUUGUUUUGAAAUGAAGGAAAAUUCUCUCAAGGGUGUGACGUCUUGGGUUCACGCAGUUGUGGUAUUAAGCUGAAUAUUGCUAUAUUGUGGUUGCUAGCUCCCCCAUUGUCGACAUUGCAUUUUUUGUUUUGUUUUGUUUUUGUGACAAACUGAGUCAAGAGCGCACCUGCUGUUUCCAGUCAGUAGUGCACUAUAUUUUGCCUCUUUUGCUUCAAAAUGUGAAUCAUCAAUGAUCAAUUCAAUCAACAGUGUAUUUAACAAUGAAUAAUAAAUGAUGAUUAAGCCUA